UAUCAGGCGCUCUCCGCCAAUCAGACGAGGGCUUUCUCUCUGGCGGGGGGGUGGGGGCUGCUGAGGGUGUUCUUGGUAAUCGGUUGGUGAGUUGACCUUCAUUGCCGGGGCAAAGAUGUUCUCCCGCGCCUCGCUGCACGUCUUCCAGCCGCAAUGUGGUCAAGUCAGGAGCAUGGCUACCCUGAAGGACAUCUCUCUUCGCCUGAAGUCCAUCAAGAACAUACAGAAGAUCACCAAGUCCAUGAAGAUGGUGUCUGCCGCAAAGUAUGCCCGUGCAGAGCGGGAACUUAAGCCGGCACGUUCGUACGGCCAGGGUGCCCUUGCCCUGUACGAGAAGGCGGUGAUCAAAGCGCCAGAGGAGAAGCCCAAGCACGUGAUCGUGGCCAUGUCUUCGGACCGCGGCCUCUGUGGGGCCAUCCACUCCAACAUCUCCAAGGCCAUCAAGCUCCAGAUCGGUGACCUCACCUCCAAGGGCAAAGAAGUCAUGGUGGUGUCAAUUGGCGACAAAGUGCGCGGCAUCCUGCAGAGGACCCACGGCAAGCACCUGUACAUGACGUUCCGCGAGGUGGGAAAGAAGCCGCCCUCUUUCGCCGACGCCAGCUUCAUCGCCAAGGAGCUGCUCAACUGCGGCUUCGAGUUCGACCAGGGGACCUUGUUCUUCAACCGCUUCCGGUCGGUGGUGUCGUACAAGACGGAGAAUAAGCCCAUCUAUUCUCUGGAGACCAUUUCCAACUCCGAGAGCAUGACCAUCUACGAUGACAUCGACGCGGACGUGCUGCGCAACUACCAGGAGUUUGCGCUCGUCAACCUCGUCUACUACACCAUGAAGGAGUCGGCCUGCAGCGAGCAGAGCUCCCGCAUGUCCGCCAUGGACAGCGCCAGCAACAACGCCUCGGAGAUGAUCGACAAGCUGACUCUGACGUUCAACCGCACUCGCCAGGCCGUCAUCACCAAGGAGCUCAUCGAGAUCAUCUCUGGCGCUGCCGCCCUCACAUAGACGUUGAGAGGCCAUCGAUAAAGAUAACACCCCCCCACCUCCUGGAGAAGUUGGUAUCGCUGCAUCCUGGGUGUCGUGCAGAGCCUGCGGAGGAACCACCGUGUUGUUGACUUCUGCACACACUCACAACAACAACAACCACCAUAUUGUUGUUGACUUACGUGGCCAACACCCAUGCAAUAGCGGUGUGUGUCCUGAUAAUAAACACAUUGGCAGCACUAGAGCGAAUCGUUGGGUCUAACGUGUGGUUCUGUACUGCAACAAAUAAAAACCUAAUGCCCUCUUGAAAUGUUAA